AUGCCCGCGCCUCUAAAUCCCCACCCAAAGCAAUGCUCUUCCUUUGCGUCUCCAGAAACACACAGCAACGAGCAGAGAGUGCAGGUCUCGCAUGGAGACGAGGAUGCUCUGGCUGAUAUUCAUCGCACAUUAACCGAGAAGAGCCUCGCGCAUCCCAAGUAUUCAGAGCCGCAUUCUUCCUUCGACAGAUUCCUCGAGGAACAGGUCCGGGACAAGAAACCCGCCAACCUCGGUGUCUGUUUUCAAUCACUCUCGACCUGGGGCGACGCGGACAGCCAUGCAGAUAUAAAGACCCUUGGCACAGCCCUAUGGCGGACAUUCACUCUGCAGGAUAUCUAUGAGUGGACCAUCCAGCCAUGGCUCACGAAGAAGAAAGCCGAGGAUGGGCGUCCGCUUAUCCGGGAUAUUUCUGGAGUCGUGGACAGCGGGGAGAUUAUGCUCGUCCUUGGCCGUCCCGGCGCCGGCUGCUCGACAUUUCUCCGCACUAUUGCCGGUCACCAUUCUUCCUUUUUGGGAGUGACAGGCUCAAUCGACUACUCCGGUCUCAGCCCGGAGGAAGUUCGCGCUCAGUACCGCGGCGCUGUGGCAUACGUGCCCGAAGACGAUGUGCAUUUCCCGACUCUGACGGUGCGCCAAACGCUGGAGUUUGCUCUCCAAAGUAAAACCCCCAAGCGGUACCGGGAGAGGAUUCCCCGGUAUCUUGAGAUUUAUGGACGGGUAUUUGGCAUGUCACACACCAUGAACACGUUAGUGGGCAAUGAGUACAUACGCGGAGUGUCCGGUGGCGAGCGCAAGCGCAUCUCCAUUAUCGAGUCUCUCGCAACAGAUUCAUCUGUCGCAUGCUGGGAUAACUCAACGAGAGGGCUGGAUGCUUCGUCUGCCCUCGAUUAUGCACGGAGUCUGCGCAUUAUGACAGAUACCUGCGGAAAAGCGACCCUGCUUACAUUGUACCAGGCGUCAGAUGCCAUCUAUGAGCUGGUGGAUAAGGUCUUGCUCAUUGAUGAAGGGCGCAUGCUAUAUCAAGGGCCUGCCGAUGAAGCAAAGCGUUACUUUGAAGAUCUAGGAUACGAAUGCACCGAUAUGCAAACUACCUCAGACUUCCUUACGAGCAUCACACUGCCUGAAAGGCGGCGGUUCCGUGCUGGAUGGGAAAACCGCGCGCCGAAGGGCCCACUCGAACUUGAAGCAGCUUUCCGCCAGAGUGCUGCCUACACCAAGAUCCAGGCUUCUGUGGAGCACUACGAAGAUCAGAAGCUCGCUAGGUCUUCGGGUGCCUCGCUAACAGAGUCUGAAUGCGGCAGCGUGGAGGAAUUCAAGAAGACUGUGCAGAGUGAUAAGUCGCGCUUUGUAUCUUCCAAGUCGCCGUACACAAUUUCUCUCUUCCGACAGGUCGUUCUUUGCGCGAAGCGUCAGGUCUGGCAGUUGAAGGGCCAUCUGAGCCCGUUGUAUAUCAAACUGAUUUCCUGCGUGGUCUAUGGCUUGCUGAUUGGAUCCAUGUUCUACGAUCAACCCCAGACGACCGAGGGCAUGUACUCUCGUGGAGGUGUGCUCUUCUACUCUUCCAUUCUGCUUGCCUGGCUGCAGAUGUCAGAGUUGGAGGAAGCCAUGCAAGGUCGAGAUAUCUUGAGCCGGCAAAAAAAUAUGGUCGUAACUACGCUUCUGACAUCGUUGUAUCUGAUCGUCAUGUACUUCCUGUCUGGUCUACGAACUGAGGCCGGCCCAUUCUUCAUUGACUUCCUCUUCAUCUACAUGAGCACCAUGUGCCUUACAGCGCAAUUCCGUGUCUUUGCCGCCUUAUCGCACAACUUUGAAGUCGCCCUGCGUUAUUGCGGAGUUUCCGUCAUGGUCUGCAUCGUGUUCGGCGGUUACGUCCUCUCCGUUGACAAGAUGAUUCAAGAUGUUCCCUGGGUGGGAUGGCUGGCGUACACAACGCCCGCCUUAUAUACCUACGAAUCGAUCAUGGCGGCAGAAUUCCACAACUUGAACUUCACUUGUGCUCCCGGAUCCAUCAUCCCAUCCGGAGCGGACUAUACGGAUAUCGCAUACCAGACAUGUGCCUAUGCUGGUAGUCAGAUUGGGAGUACGGUCGUGAACGGCGAUGAUUACUUGGCCGUGAAAUUCGGGUUCUACUACAGCAACGUCUGGCGCAAUUUCGGCAUCAUGUGUCUCUUCACUGUUGCGUAUAUUGCGAUUACCUGUUGGCUCAGCGAGGUCCCAGAAGCUGUUCCAACGAAAAAAAAUGUUCAGUCUGAUGAGGAGAAAUCGCCCGUCUCCGUUCAUUCCAAUGCGCCACCAGCUGUCCAUGAAGCCAAGCAAGAGCAGACUCUCGCAGCUACCGAGUCUACCUUCUCCUGGUCUGACCUGGAGCUUGAUGUGCAAAUUGGCAAGGAAAGUCGAAAGUUGUUGAAUGGCGUUUGUGGAUACUGCAAGCCAGGGUCUCUCACAGCUCUCGUUGGUGCUUCAGGAGCCGGCAAAUCCACAUUGUUGACCGCACUCACCCAGAGGGAGAGCCCUGGCACCUUAUCUGGCACCCUCUUCGUGGACAAUCGACCAAUCGACCAGUCGUUCAACCGGCAGAUCGGAUAUUGCCAGCAGAUGGACAUACACGAUGAAAGCAGCACAAUCAGAGAAGCAUUCGAAUUCUCUGCAAUGCUACGACAAGGCCACGAGAUCCCAACGGCAGAGAAGUUGGCAUACGUGGACACGGUGAUUCAUACAUUGGACUUGGUCGAACUGCAAAAUGCAGUAAUCUGGUCUUUGGAUAUCGAGAAGAAGAAGCGUGUGACCAUUGGAGUGGAGCUUUGCGCCCGACCCAACAUGCUGCUUUUCCUCGACGAACCGACAAGUGGACUUGACAGUCAGGGUGCAACCAGUAUCGUCGCUCUCCUCCGACGUCUGGCCGAUCAGGGGUUGGCUGUUCUUUGCACUAUUCACCAGGCCAACCAGCAACAAUUUGAAGAGUUUGACCGCGUUCUAGCCCUCAGUCCCGGCGGAAGCACCUACUACUUUGGUCCAGUAGGCGAAUCCGGCCGCGCAAUCUUCAGUUAUUUCGCAGGACACGGUGUUAUCCCAGAAAAGGUUACCAACGCAGCCGACUUCCUCAUCGAAGUAGUCGUCGGCGGUAUGAAAGCCUCGGGGAACCAAACGAACUGGGCAGCCAUCUGGCGCGACUCAGACGAAUGCACCCAAGUCACCAGCGAAAUUACCGCCAUUCGCUCCGACAAGAAUUCCCGCUCGCCUUUCCUGCCCCCGACUCUCCCACCUCUCAGCCAACAAAUCAAACUCCUCACUCAGAGGACAUGUCGCCAGUUCUGGCGCACCGCUGAGUACCCUUACUCGCGACUUUACUCUUCCUUUCUCCACGCUCUCAUCAACGGGCUCACCUAUCUGCAGAUCGGGAAUAGUGCUACGGAUCUCCAGUCGAAGGCCUUCUCCUGCUUCCUUGUUCUGAUGCUCGUUCCUGAGUUCAUCAAUGCCAUCUCCAUGAGAUUCAUUAUGAACCGCGAUAUUUGGUUGGCCAGAGAAGGGCCCAGCGGUGUCUAUGGUUGGGUUUCAUUCUGCACUGCCCAGAUUGUAUCCGAGAUCCCUUAUUCAGUCGUUGGUGGUGUGGUAUUCUUCCUUCUAUACUACUUCAUGGUCGGACUACCGCUCGGCUUUGCAGCUGGAUAUUGUUUCCUAAUGUUUUUCCUGUUCUUCCUAUUCGCGACUUCUUGGGGACAGUGGAUCGCUGCUUUGAGCUCCGACUCAAUGAUCGCUGCCACACUCAUGCCCUUCUUCAUCAUCAUGUGCGAGCUCUUCAACGGUAUUCUCCGCCCACAGAGCCAAAUGCCCGCCUUCUGGAAGUAUACUAUGUACUACGUUACACCGUUCACGUACUGGAUCGGCGGUGUACUUGCGUCUGUCUUACGGGGUACCUCUGUCAUCUGCUCGCAGUCGGAAUUGACGAUCUUCGAGAGUCCCGCCAACGCCACUUGUCGUGAGUAUGCCGGUGCAUGGCUUGACGCCAAGAGUGUUGGGUAUCUCUCCAACCCGGAGGAGAUGGGACAGUGUGGAUAUUGUGAAUACAGCGUCGGUGAUGAUUACUUGGAUGGCAUUGCGCUGGAUUCUUCGAAGAUCUGGCCCUAUUUCGGUAUAUUCCUGGCUUUCACCUUUACGAAUUAUUUGAUGAUUUACCUGCUGGUUUAUGUUCGAUCUGUUAUGAAGCCGGUAUGGCGGUCGAAGUAA